UACAGCAUAAUGGACUCGCAGGGCCAAGAGGAAACUCAGCACAAAGUAACACCUCCAUCCCAUUUUUUGUGUUCAAAAAGUGAUAUAAUGUGAAGAAAGAAACGGCAAAAGUAAGGCUUUGUUAUGCUUCACUAAAGAAUAGGAAUAUGGAAAUUAUCAAAGACUUGCAACAUCUUUAAAAGCGCAGACAGAAUGCAGAUUUUUUUCAUGGGUACAUCGCAAAGAGGCACGAAUAAGUUCCUUCGUGCCAUAAACACAAUGCCAAGUGAUCAUUAACACAGAGAUGUGGGACACGGCAACGCUUCCCUUCACAGAUAAAAAUAAUAAUAAUAAAAAAAAAAGGUGUCUCUUUCGGGGGGGAAAAAAAGAAAAAAAUCGGAGCCCAUUACCCCCCUUUCUCAUCCUUCGGUAGAAAAGGGUGCAUUUACCGUAGUAGCGGGAGCACGAGCCGCUCUCUCCCCAGCCCGGCCGGGCCCUUGCUGGGGCGCAGCUCGAUGGCGGCGGCGCAGUGCGGGCGGGACGCGGCUCUCCGGGCCCCGCCGCCGCCACGGGCCGAUUUUUGCCGCAGUCCCGCGGCCGGCGGGCCCCGCUCGGCUCCCUGCGGGCAGCGAGAGCUCCUCGGGCGGGCGGAGCGCGGCGGGCCCGGGGUGACUCCGCCGGGAGCCGCUCCGGGCCCGGCCGCCUUUGGGCUCCCGGGGGCGGGGCCGGGCGCGAGCCGGGAGCGCGCGCGGCCCCGCGGGGAGAGAGGGCGGGAAAGCGGCGGCCCGCGGGGGGAAGGGCGCGCGCAGAGCCCGCCCCGGCGCAGUCCUCAACCAGGUCGGACCCACGGCAAUAAAGGGAGGAGCAGGGGGAGAGAAGCGAUACUGAGCAGUGCUCGAUUGUAGCGGGAUCAUGUCUGGUAGGGGUAAGGGCGGCAAGGGGCUCGGCAAGGGCGGCGCCAAGCGGCACCGCAAGGUGCUCCGCGAUAACAUCCAAGGCAUCACCAAGCCGGCCAUCCGCCGCCUGGCUCGGCGCGGCGGCGUCAAGCGCAUCUCGGGGCUGAUCUACGAGGAGACGCGCGGCGUGCUGAAGGUGUUCCUGGAGAAUGUGAUCCGCGACGCCGUCACCUACACGGAGCACGCCAAGAGGAAGACGGUCACCGCCAUGGACGUGGUGUACGCCCUCAAGCGCCAGGGCCGCACUCUGUACGGCUUCGGCGGCUAAAUUCUGUUCCAGUUAUAACUUAACAAAUUUACAGCUCAAAGGCUCUUCUCAGAGCCACCCACAAAUUUCAAAAAAAGAGCUUUAUAUCACUGUUAGCCUAG